UUUCGCAUGGCGGACGUGCAAGUGAACUCUGUUAUUUGUUGGUGAUAAUUUCAAUUAUUAUCUUUUCGAGAUUCCUUAUGGAAAGGCAAAUUUUCAUGCUACUUUUUCUUUGUGGACGUGCUUUGUUCAUUCCUUAACGUUAGAUGAUGUUAAAGUGUUAAUUAUAGUUAAAUUUGUGAGAACUGCAUAGGUUUUUUCUCAAAAAUGGGAAAAUGUGACGAAGCUAAUGUCGAAGUUAGUAUGGGGGACUCGGCGUCCCCCAUGAAACCUGAUAAUUUUACAUUCACCGUGCCCCCCGAGGCUCCAGUCUUCGAGCCUACGCCUGAAGAGUUCCUAGAUCCUUUGGCGUAUAUCAGCAAAAUAAGGCCCAUCGCUGAGAAGUCGGGGAUAUGCAAGAUAAAACCACCCGCCCAUUGGCAGCCACCGUUCGCAGUAGACGUGGAUCGACUGCGUUUCACACCCAGAAUACAAAGGCUUAAUGAAUUAGAGGCUAUCACAAGAGUUAAGCUGAAUUUCCUUGACCAGAUUAUCAAGUUCUGGGAACUUCAGGGCUCCGUUCUCAAAAUACCCACAGUUGAACGGAAACCCUUAGAUUUGUACGCCUUGCACAAAAUCGUUAAAGAAGCUGGUGGUUUCGAAGUAUGCUCAUCGGAGCGGAAAUGGUCAAAGAUAGCUCGACGGAUGGGCCACCCCCAGGGCAAGGGCAUCGGAUCAAUAUUAAAGAAUCACUACGAGCGCAUCCUCUACCCGUAUGAUGUGUUCAAGAACAGCGGAGCCGUCAGCUGCGCUGGUGACAACAAAGAGACGAAGAUCGAAGUGAAAGGCGAACAGACGCCGGAGAAGGCGGGACGGAGGUCGAGCAAGCCCCCGGCGGCGACCCCGCCCCCCGCGCGCCGCUUCAAGAGCUCGGAGCCCGAGGCGGCCGAGGGCAGCCACACCGAGGGCGCGCUGCCCGCCGGCGACGACAAGAAGACCCCCAUCAAGGAGGAGCCCGGCGAGACCCGUCGAAGUCCGCGCGAGAACAAGUGGAUGUCGGCGGCGGGCAGCUGCGGCGCGCGCGCCCGCGUGCUGCGCUCCACGCGCCUGCGCGAGCACCGCCUCAGCAACAUGACCGUGUCCGUCACGCCCGCGCCGCCGCCGCUGCACCCCGACGACCCCCUCGCGAAGUACAUGUGCCACGUGUGCGGGCGCGGCGACAUCGAGGAGCAGAUGCUGCUGUGCGACGGCUGCGACGACUCCUACCACACGUUCUGCCUCGUGCCGCCGCUGGCCGACGUGCCCAAGGGCGACUGGCGCUGCCCCGUGUGCCUCGCCGAGGAGGUGUCCAAGCCGACGGAGGCGUUCGGAUUCGAGCAGGCGUCCCGGGAGUACACGCUGCAGCAGUUCGGGGAGAUGGCCGAUCAGUUUAAAUCUGAUUACUUCAACAUGCCCGUACAUAUGGUGCCCACGUCGACGGUGGAGCGCGAGUUCUGGCGCGUGGUGUGCUCCAUCGACGAGGACGUGACGGUGGAGUACGGCGCCGACCUGCACUCCAUGGACCAUGGAUCCGGAUUCCCGACAAAAUCCAGUGCACAUCUCUACCCCGGUGAACAACAGUAUGCGGAAUCUAGCUGGAACUUGAACAAUUUGCCAGUUCUAGAAGGUUCUGUGCUCGGUCACAUCAAUGCUGAUAUAUCGGGCAUGAAGGUGCCAUGGUUGUACGUGGGCAUGUGCUUCGCGACGUUCUGCUGGCACAACGAAGACCACUGGAGCUACUCCAUCAACUACUUGCACUGGGGCGAACCCAAGACAUGGUAUGGAGUACCCAGCUCCAAAGCUGAACAGUUUGAAGCAGCGAUGAAGGCUGAGGCACCAGAGCUGUUCCAGUUACAGCCAGAUCUGUUGCACCAGCUGGUCACUAUCAUGAAUCCAAAUGUCCUCAUGAAGGCAGGCGUGCCUGUGUACAGGACGGACCAGCACGCGGGCGAGUUCGUGAUCACGUUCCCGCGCGCCUACCACGCGGGCUUCAACCAGGGGUACAACUUCGCCGAGGCCGUCAACUUCACGCCCGCCGACUGGCUUAAAAUGGGUCGCGAGUGCAUCGCGCACUACUCCACUCUGCGGCGAUACUGCGUUUUCUCGCACGACGAGCUCGUCUGUAAGAUGGCUCUGGAAGCGGACUCGCUCAGCCUCACCGUGGCGUUGGCGGCCUACAGGGACAUGAGGACUAUGCUGCACGAUGAAAGAAAAUUGAGGAAAUCCCUACUCGAUUGGGGCGUGACGGAGGCCGAGCGCGAGGCGUUCGAGCUGCUGCCGGACGACGAGCGACAGUGCCACGAGUGCAAGACCACGUGCUUCCUGUCGUGCGUCACGUGCACGUGCACGCCGCACGUCGCGUGUCUGCGCCACCACGACCGCCUGUGUGCGUGCGCACCCGCCGCGCACAAGUUGAGAUAUCGCUACACUCUCGACGAGCUCCCUGCUAUGUUGGAGAAGUUAAAACGCAAGUCAGAGCAGUUCCGCGAGUGGGCGGAGGCCGUCCAGAAUGCUCUAGACCCAGACACGCCCAAGACUUGCGACCUGGAUGGAUUGAGGGCACAUCUCAAAAGGGCGCACGAUUUGAAGAUGCACAAGACGGAGCUGGUGCGCGCGCUGGAGACGGCCAUCGAGGACGCGGAGAAGUGCGCGUCCGUGAUCCAGCAGCUCGACCUCAACAAGAUGCGCACGCGCACGCGGCACCACGACCCCAAGUACCGCCUCUCCAUACACGAGCUUACGCUCUUCGCGGCCGAGAUCGACGGACUCGCCUGCGUGCUGCCCGAGGGUUCAGCUGUUAAAGAAGUAUUACGACAAACCGCGGAAUUCGAGGAUCGCGCCACUGAGUUGCUGAGUAAGGAGCUCGAUGAGUGCGAUGCGGCUUCUGUCAGGGAGCUGGAGGAAGUGGUAGAUCUCGGGUCUCGUCUCUGCAUCGUACUACCGCAGCUAUCGGCGCUGCAAGCACGCCUGCAGCAGGAAAAGUUCGUGUUGUCCGUGCAUACGCACCGCGAGGACUGCUCCACACUCUCGCCCGAACUCAUCGACAAGCUGCUGGCUGAGGCCGAGACGGUCGUGCCGCAUAGGCGUGUUGAGGCAGAGCGGGCAGCGUUAUAUAAACUCAAAUUACAAGUAGAAGACUGGGAACGUCGCGCACGCGCAGUUCUAAUAGACACAAAUACACCUAAGAACAGAGAGUCGUUCAGCGAGUCGGACGAGCAUACCACCCUCGCAGAACUGGACGCAUUGCUGGCGGAGGGCGACGAGAUCGAGGCCGCCUUGCCGUCCUACCACGCUCUGCACACGGCGACCACGCACGCGAGGGAUUGGCUCGCGAAAGUGGAGGAGAUGCAGUCCAAGGAGCUGUACCCGUACAUGCACAGCGUGGAGGCGCUGUCUCGUCGCGGCGCACAGAUCCCGCUGGCGCUGCUGGAGAAGAAACAUCUCGCCGCCGCGCUCACCUCCGCACAAGACUGGCAGAGAGGCGCCGCAGACAUGUUCCUCAAGAAGAACUGGCAGUAUUCUCUGCUGGAAGCGCUGGCUCCGCGCGGUGAAGCGGGAGAGGGCGCGGAGGCGGGCGAGGGGGGCGCGGGGCGCAAACGAGCGCGCGGGGAGCCCCCGGCCGAGGCCGCGCUGCUGCGGCACUUCAGCGAGGACGCCACGCCCACGGAGAUCGUGGCCGCCUUCAAGCAGGCCGAGCAGCGCGAGCUGGCCGCCGUCAAGGAGUUAAGAGCCCGCAAUAUGCGCAAGGAGGUACGAGCUCCACCAACGGCUGGAGUGACGUUCUGCAUUUGUCAGAAGCGACAGUAUGGAAUCAUGAAUCAGUGCGAAUUAUGCAAGGACUGGUUCCAUGCAUCAUGCGUGGCGUCCGCUCGUGACGACACAGAGGAGCGCGAGGAAUCUCCGGAAAGGAUAGAGCUUCCGUUCCCCUGCACCGAGACUAAAUUCCUCUGCCCGGACUGUACACGCACGAAGCGACCGCGUUUACAUCGGAUACUGGCUCUACUGGUGUGGCUGCAGAAGCUGCCCGUGCGGCUGGCGGAGGGCGAGGCGCUGCAGUGCGUGACGGAGCGCGCCAUGGCGUGGCAGGACGCGGCGCGCGCGCUGCUGGCCGGCCCGCUGCUGGCCGCGCUGCCCGCGCGCCGCGCGCACGACGCGCCGCGCGAGCGCAAGGACUCGCACGCCAGGUCGUCCGCGAGCGUCGAGCACGCCUACAGCGCCACGCCGCGCGCGCUGGGCGCCGGCGCCCGCGUGCCUCCCGGUCUGCUGCAGAAGCUGGAGGACCUCAUGCUCGAGGGAGAUCUGCUCGAGGUGCGGCUGUCGGAGCAGGCGUGCGUGUGGAGCGCGGUGUGGGCGGCGCGCGCGGCGGAGGGGCGGCGCGGCGCGCGCGUGCUGGACGCGGGCCGCCGCAAGCGCGCGCCGCCCGCGCAGCGCCACGCCGCGCUCAAGCGGACGCGCCCCGCCAGCGCCGCCAAGACCGCCAUGAAGCGGGGCUCCGCCACCACCACCAACUACUUGAAUAGGAAGCAGGGCGUGUCUUCGGGCUCCGGUCUCAUGAUGCGCAAGCACUACAUGGCGAGGCAGGAGCGACGCAAGCGAGCCAUCCCCGCGCACCACCACGCGAGGCAGGCGAGAAUAGCGGCGCAGGCGCGCGCGGCGCGCGGCGCGGCGCGGCGCAGCAGCUCGUCGUCGCGCUCGUCCGCCGACGACGACGACGACUGCGCCGCCGCCGCCUGUCUGCGGCCCACGGGCAAGGUCGACUGGGUGCAGUGCGACGGCGGCUGCGACCAGUGGUUCCACAUGCACUGCGUGGGCCUCAACCGCGGCGCGCUGCGGGAGGACGACGAGUACGUGUGCGGCUCGUGCGCCGACGCCAAGCCGCGCGCCGAGCGCCACUGAGCGCCCCCGCCCCGCCUCGCCCCUCGCACGGUGCUCACGUCUUUUCUAUGCGGACAAUGAAAGAGUGAUUAUGAGGACAUUCUCUAUGCCGAGUGCGCUGUGCCGUCUCUAAUGCGUACACUGGGUUGGUGGUGACCCGUGUGGCCGCUUCGACUUGUUUGUGUUCAUUAGAGAUACGUUAUACAGGCGAUUUCGAAGGGUACCAUCUUUGUAAAGAGUUUGCAGUUGAUCUGCGAACGAGUGGCAUGACGUUGUAACUAUGUUUUUUAAUCGAAAUGUAUUCUGUCAGUUGAAAGGUUCUGCCACUCGCGUUGAUAACUGUUUGAACGAUCAUGAACAAAAAAAUGCAUGAGUAUAAUAUGUAUGUAACGACGCUGUGCGAUAUUUAACAAAGAACAGGUAAAUCCGAAUUACUUAAAUAUAAUUUGGGUGAUCUAUUAGCACGAAAAGUCCAUGAAAUCUCGAACAACAUCUCGAUCACAGGAUUUUGUUUAUAAAAUACCAAGCGGAAUGAUUUACAGUCAAAUGGUGAUAUUGCGCUAAAUAUAAUCCGCGAUAUAUAACAAUAUGAGCUACUAGACCUACUCCGUUUUCAUUUUUGAAAUCUAAAAAAAGGAGACCACUUGACGCUCCCUCGCGAAUUUAAUUGAGAGAAAAGUAUCCGUCGAUAAAACUAUUCAUAUCUAUGUAUCAAAUAUAAUGUAACCCUCGUUUCCAACAAAAUGUUGCCCAGACACUAUAAUUUUAAAAUGUGUGGAUAUCUUUCUGCCAGCAGCUUUGAAACCGCAAAAGCUUAGGUCUACCUGAACGCGAAAAUGGAAUUACACGAAACAUCGUAAAUAUAAUUUUAUUAUAACUUAUACAAAAUAAACUCGAAACGAUAGGAACAUUCGAAGAAGUAUAUUUUGAAUUAUACUUUAAAUUUAUUAAAUUAAAUAAAAAUACUGUAUGGCAUUGUGGUAUAAUAUCUCUGGAUUUUUUAAUUCCAUGUUAUACAUUUGUAUUAGUUAUCAUGAAAUUUUAUAAUACUAUACAAAUGGCAAACAUGUUUUUGGUUAUUUGAUUAUGUCGAGGACAUAAAGUAAUUUACUGUUUGAAAUUAUAUUUUAUUACAAGCGGGUACCAUCCAUGUGGAUAUGAUUUUGAAUUAACUUGACAUACAAACAAUACACAAAGUAUUAACAAGAUAUCGUGAAUUAUUUCUUUCAGUUGAUGAAAAUAAGAGUAUCAAUGGAGUCUUAGUUAAUACAUUAUUAAGUAUUACAAAAUAUGAGUGUUUAACAAGACGAGUUACUGCACAAUUUUCGUCAAGAUUAAAGUUGAAAAUAAGUAAUUGAUGUUCAAGAAAAAAUAAUUAAAUAUAUGUUAAAACAUUUCACUUUACAAAACUGAAUGUAUUAGAAUUCAAUUUGCACUUAAAGUAGCACAAAUAUUAUCAAGUAAUAUUUUGCAAAUGCAAAAAAGGACGAAUAUUUAUUUAUAUAAAUCUAUGAAAAAAAUAAAUUUUGCUUACUCUUGAGCACAAUAAAACAGAUAGGCUGAAAAAAUACACCCGGAAAGGCAUUUUCCGAGUUUAUUCAUAAACAAGGACCAAAACGCCAUUAUGAAUGUAUUUUGGAAGCAUUUUUAAUUGGAUUUAAUGGGCAUCAACAGAUUUGUUGUUUAUAAAGCAUUAAAAAUAAUAAAUUGGAAGAAUAAAUAUUUCAUCUACAAAAUUUUAAUCGAAUUAUUGCGUAUAUGUUAAAUGUUUUACGUCCAGUGGAAAAAGCUGUUAGUUGUUGACAUUUUGACAAUUUUGACAGUUCAUAGAAUAAAUACAUGUUGUUCGUUACACUUUAAAAUUAUUGUUACAUCGGUGUUUAGAUGCGAGUUCGUAUUGGAGAGUAAUGGCGUUGGCAUGAACUUGAAAACUUAAUACUAGUUUCUUUAAAAUAAUUUUCAGGAAUUGUUGAAUUCACUUGUAAAUUUUUUUAGGACAACUUUUAGAGCAAUUGAUACUUUGUAUUUUGCAUUAGUAAAUUUACAGUUACAACAUUUUUGUCGUAAAUAAUCUAAGUCCAUUUGAGACUAUGAGGAAUUAAAAAAACCUAAAGUAUUAUAUCUGAAAGAAAGUUAUUAUUGUUAUUUCUCAUGUUCACCCAAGCAGUCUACUCUCUUUUAUGAACUCAAAGAUGUUUAGUGACCACUUACUUUAAACUCACUCAAAUAUAGUAAUCAGUGUUGUAUGUAGACAGUCUUUCCUCUUGCAGACCGUUGAAAGGGAAUAGGAACAAUUUAUUGAAUUUAAUAAAAGAAAAAAUUUAAUAAAAAAAACAUUUAUUUCGGUUAAUGAAGGCACAUUCUAGGAAAACCUGUUGAUUUUAUUUAUGUUGAGUAUUGGACGAAACAAAUGUGUAAUGCGUUUUUUUUGCAAGAAGUGUCACUGUGAGAAAAAAGUGCUUUGAUGCAAUGUCGCCGGUAACAUACUGUUUUAGGCAGAACAAAAAAGUUGUAUGGUGGGGGUAGGUAUUAAAUUUGACUUUUUUUUAAUUCUAGGAAGUAAUAUUACGAUUGAGAGAAAUGUAAUGCUUAUGAAGACAAAAUGGAACGUUUCCAAUAAAGAACGCCUAAAACCAGUUCUUUAAAACGAUUUGUGAUGUUUGUAUAGUAUGUAAUGACGUGACAUUUCCAAGAUGGCAGCGCUGUUCUAAAUUUAAAAACGACGGUUGUCAUAUUAAAAGAGCAAAUGUCAGAAAUGUCCGUGUUUUUAUAAAAAAAGGUUUUGAUAAGAGAGUACGGUCAUCAAAAUUUUGUAAAUAUUUUUUUAAAACGAAAAUCUAUAGGAAAUUUUUCUAUUGUAUUUAGAACUUGAAUUUUGUAAGUAGAGUGUGUGCGGGUUUUGUAUGGAUUGCUUAGAUAAAUGUUACCAUAAUGUUUGUAAGUGUCAUUUGUCCGGGCAUGAAGUAUGCAGCCUGUCGUUCUUGUGUUUGUUUAUUGGUUCAACAUUGUAAAGAAUCACCCCCAAGUGCUUCUGUUUCAAACUGUAUGUAAACAUUGUUGUAAUUUGAAAUUUGUCUAUUUAAUAAAUCCAUAUUAACAAUACCAUCUCCUUUUAAUUUUAAAAUCUCUUGGGAAUAUUAGAAAAGUAAAUUUUAUACUGGAUACAAAUUUAAACAAAUAAAUAAAUUUAACAACAGUGUCAUGAUUCUUAAAUUCACUUAUUGUUCCUUUGAAUAGGGAAGGCGGUUUCUUUAUGUUCCUUACGUUGUUAAAUGUUAAUUAUUAUAAACAUAUUUAUAGGUAACUAAUAAUACGGUACCUCACUGCAGUCUCAAAGAGUUAAAUCUAUUGUACACAAUGUCUUCACAAUAAUUUGACCUUCAAUUUGAUGAAAGUUGAUAAUCAGAUUAAGUAACUUGUCUUGAAACUGAAUGGUCAUUGGUCGGUGGUAGUCGAUGACGCAAUAGGCGACCAAUGAGCGUUCAGUAAUUUCGGAUAUGCUAGUGCUGUCAAAUUAUUGUAGUCAUUUGUGUACAAUAGUUGUAGAAUCAUUGGCACGUGCACUGAGGAUGUCUACAAAGCGGCACCGUCCUCCCAAUUGUCAAAUAUGGAAAUAAUGUACAAAUGAUAAUUAUGGUUCUACUUCAGUUACGAAACACAUGUUUUAAUUUUAAUGUACUAUUAUUAAUAAUUAUUUGCUAAUAAUCUCAAAUUUGUCAGAGAUAAGUUUAUAAAAUGUCUGUAAAUUUAAAGGCUUCUUAAAAGUUAAGAAAUGUAUUGUACGUAUUUAGUACAAUUUAAUUUUGCGAAUUUUAUUUUCUAGAUGCAUUUUGGACAUCUUUAAGACAAUUUUUAUGAAUUGGGUUCUAUUAGUGUACAACUACGCUGUCGUGAGACACGAUUUAAAUGUAGGCGAACAGCCAUUUAACGAAAGUUGUGACUACCUAAUGGAAUCCGAUUUUUAUUAUUUCAUAUUAAGAAACAAUCGACACUUUGGAGUGUUUCUUCAUCAAAAUGCAGAUUUUUAAGAUAUUUUAAAAACGGAAUUAUAAUCAUUAAGAAAAAUACUUUUAUAUUUAAUAUCACUAAGGUACACAGUUCUGCGUUAUUUAUUUACAAGAUGGCUGUAAUUCGUUAGUUAAGACGGUCCAUUGUUCGAUCUCUGCUUCAGUAUAAAUAUGUAGUGUAAAGUGAACUUAAUGCCCUGUACAUAAGGUUCAUUAUUACUUCAGUCUAUAAGGGUGUGUACAGAUUUGUAAAUCGAAAUAAUAAAAUUGUAUAAAAUAUAUUCGACGAAAUAUAAAAUGAAUUUAUUUUCUCACUUGUACUAAAUUUAAAAUUCAAUUUUUUCACAGAUAGAUUAUAAACAGUUCCGUAUACAUCCAGAUAUAUAUUAUGAAUCUAAAUUGUACAAUUUUUACAAAUUAAAAUCCUGUUUGUUUCUAUUUAUCAGUCACUUUAAGGUUUGUUUCUGAUCUGAUGUUAAAAAUAAUUCCAGCAUGAAUGUAUAAACAUUAGUAUAAUGUACAGAUAUUAGUUAAGAGGUCAGCUGUGCAAGUGAACCGGUGAGCCGAGCGUUAGUGAUUAUUUAACUUUUAAUGUUGAUAUUAUAUUGUUGACAGUUUGAAAGCUCACUUCACCGAGUACGGUUGGACAGCGAGACGGUUAUGUGUACCAAAUAAUAUAG